GUCAUUACAUGCCAAUAAAAGGCAGAGCCUUUUACAUUAUGUCUUAUAACACAUGUCAACUGCUUGUGAGAACAGGACAAGGUGACAUAGUUGUUUUUCAACCGAAGAAGCAACAAUAACAACAUUAUCGUGUGCAGUUAUGUACACAAAUGCAUCUUCUGCAGUUUUACUGACACUGGAAACACUGCACAUAUCUAAUGCAUAUAUUUACCCAGCAUUUUUGUUUGGGACUUUAACAUAUCUGUGUAUUAUGUUUUUCAACUUGUUGGUAUUAACAACUAUUGCCUGUAGUAAAAAGCUACACAAGCCCAUGUUUAUCCUGCUGUUAAACCUGCCCCUUAGUGACAUGUUGGGUGCUACGGCCUUUUUCCCUCAUCUUGUGUUCAGCAUUGUGACAGAAAACAGACAGAUUUCCUAUUCUGCAUGUGUUUCUCAGGCUUUUCUGAUUCAUUUUUAUGGUGGAGGUAACUUGUUCAUCUUGAGUGCCAUGGCAUAUGACAGAUAUAUUGCUAUAUGUUGUCCUUUGAGGUAUAAUGCAGUCAUGACUCCACAUACCUUAGUAAAAUUAAUUUUUGUUAUAUGGUUUAUGAACUUUUCAAUAGUAGCCACACUGAUUUUGUUGCUUUUACGGACUACAGUUUGCAGGACUAAUAUAGUGGAUAUGUUCUGUAACAAUCCAUCAUUAGUGAAACUGGCCUGUGAGGACACCAGAGUGAACAACUACUACGGACUGUUUUCUAUAGUCUUAUGUCAAGGCGGACCACUGUUAAUAAUAAUGUACACGUAUGCACAGAUUUUGCGUACAUGCGUUAUGACUAAUCAGACCGAUGCGAGGCGAAAAGCCAUUCAAACAUGUGGCUCGCAUUUAGUUGUUUAUUUAAUGCUAGAGAUUAAUACUUUGUUUACACUCAUUGCUCAUCGCCUUGAGAGUGUGUCCCCUUUUCUGAGAAGGGCUCUUGGUAUGUCAGUUUUAAUUUUUCCCCCUUUUUUUGAUCCGAUUAUAUAUGGACUAAAAACCAAAGAACUGAAGCAGGGCAUAAAAAUGUUCCUAUGAAACAAUUUAAAUUCAUGUGGGAAAUUAAACCUUUAUUUUUUCAAAUAUAUGUAUAUGUAUAUCCUAAAAUAAUGAUGACUUCCAAAUCCAGAGUAAGUUAUUCCUUUUAAAAAUAGUCCACCUUCAAACAUAUUUAUUACGGUAUGUGUUCUUUCAUUAGGGUUGAUGGUCUUAACUGUUCAAUACAGACUUGUGAUGUUGUUUUAAGUUCCUAGACAAGACAAAACAGCUUAACAAAGUAAUGGACACUGGAGUCUUAUGUGUUUCCUCCUUUCUUCAGUCUUUGGGUUGCAAAAUCAGAAUUUAACUGCUUGUUCUUUUUUAAACACAAGAAAAGCACAGACUCAGGAUUUUGACUGUUCUCUGCUCAAGCAGAUGAUUUUUAUUUAUGACAUUCUAUAUGUUUAAUGAAUGUCAAGGAAAGAGAGGGGAUGACAUUCAAGAAAGGGCCGCAGGUAUUUGCCCCCUUCCUGAUUUCUUUUCUUUCUUUUUUUUUUCUUUUUUUGCAUAUUUGUCAUACUUAAAUGUUUCAGAUCAACAAACAAAUUUUAAUGUUAGACAAAGAUAACCUAAGGAAAUACAAAAUGCAGUUUUGAAUGAGGAUUUCAUUUAUUAAUGGAAAAAAGCUAUCCAAACCUUCCUGGCCCUAUGUGAAAAAGUAAUUGGCCCCUAACCCUAAUAGCUGGUUGUGCCACCCUCUUUAUAUUUGUCUAAUAUUACAUUUGUUUUGCUCUGAAACAUUUAAGUGUGACAAAUAUGCAAAAAAAAAAAAAAAAAGAAAGAAAAGAAAUCAGGAAGGGGGCAAAUACUUCUUCACAGCACUGUAUUUAUUGAAAGUUACAAUGACAUAACAAUAAAUUAAAUACAAUCUUUUUAGUAUGCACUGUGAGAAACGUCUGUAAUUUUCUGACAAAUCAAUGGUAAAUGUGAUAUGAAAGGUUAUUUGAUAUUUUCUGAUACUGUAUGCACACUAGAAGAGGAAUAAACAAUGUUGAAAUGAAACACUAAAAUUUUUAAAUAUGUGCAUCACAAUACCAAGUCAUUGACAAUGGUAUAAAUGUAAAUUCAGGGGUAUGACAUGUAACAAAGGUUGCUAAAUCGAAGAUGUUGCAGCAUAACCAUUAAGCUACCAAGGUGCUCCGGCACUGUUAAGUGUAUUUUUUUUUUUUCUUUUAGAGUUUGUUAAGAGUUGUUUUUUUUACUCCUCAUCUCAUGGUUAAUUGUUUGUUUUAAAGUAUGUUUACAUCAUACAUCAGCAAAUGUGUUGAUGAUGUGGUGAUUAAAAUCAUUCCCCAACCAGAAAGUAUGAAGGGCCAUACAAGCCAUAAUUCAUUCUGGCCCUCUUACAUAUGUAUAUUCUCCUUUCACAUGCAUAUAUUUCACAAUUUAUUUUCAUUCAUACAUCCACCCAUUUCUGUUCUCAUAUCUAUAUGUUUUAACUCACACAUUCAUGUAAUUAUGUAUUUGAACUCACACACAUUCAUACAUUUUGCUCUCAUGCAUAUGAAAUCAAUGUAUACAAUUCAUGUUAUAGAUAAUAUAUGUAUGUCUGAAGACAAUAUAAGUAAGUAAGCAGAAUGUAUGCACGUGGAAAAGUAAGGCAGGAUCAUGUUUAGGUCAUGAUCAAUGUGGAAGGGGGAGAUGAGAUGAGAGUAUUGCAACAAGUCACUGGGAUAUUAAGGUCUUGCUUUAUAGUUUUCAAAGUCUAUUCAACUUAUUGAUCUUUUCUUUAUCAUUGACCCUAAUGUACCGACUGCUUCUCUGUUUCUUGAAUCUUCAAAAUCUUGAGAUUGGCAGAUAUCCAGAUAAGAUUUGAAUGUGGUCAAAAAGUUCUCCAUAAAGCCUCUCAUGAACAAA